GCUGCGCUGUGAUCCGCCUCCCCGCGCUCCGCCGCCUCCCGCAGCCCCCCGCGCCCGCCCGCCCGCCCGCCCGCCGGGCCCUAGCCCGGCCCGCCCGGCCCCCGCCCCGGCCCCCGUCCGCGCUCGGCCCGGCCCGGCCCGGCCCGGCGCGGCCCCCGCCCCGCCCGCAGGCCGAGGGCCCCCCCCCCCCCCCCCGCCGGGCCCCAUGGAUAGGAACUACCCCAGCGCCGGCUUCGGGGACCCUCUGGGCGCCGGCCCGGGAUGGAGCUACGAGCGCUCGGCCAAAGCCAGCCUGGUGUAUGGUGGGUCCCGGACGUCGCACCCUGACACAGACAUCCUGCACCGGCAGGCGUACGCUGCCCCCCACCCCCUGCAGGGCUAUGCCACCAACCACCACCCCGCAGGCCUGUCCGGGCUCUUCGAGACAGGGCUCCAUCACGCCAGCAGCGCCACCCCAGAUGCCUCUGUCAUGAACCUCAUCUCGGCCCUGGAGUCACGGGCACCUCAGCCUGGCCCCUCAGCCUCCUCGCUGCUAUCCCAGUUCCGCACCCCCUCCUGGCAAACAGCCAUGCACACUCCGGCACCCGCUGAGCUGUUCAUCUCGGGCGCCAUCCCUGGGUCCGGCACCUUCCCCUCAUCAUCGGCGCUCUCGGCCUACCAGCAUCCAGCCUCCUUCAGCGGGCGCAGCUUCCCGGUCAGCUCCUCCCUCACCCUGCAGGACGCGGCCUUCAGCCCCAGCUCCAAUGGGCUCCUGUCCCCUCAUGACCCACUGCUGCACAUCAAGUCCUCACAGUCCAGCGUGCCCUCAUCCCUCAGCUUCGACCGCCUGGGCAGCGCUGUCCUUGGCACUGGCCUGCCCUCCCAGAGCUCAGCCUACCGCAGUGCCCAAGAGUCAGCUUCCCGGCAUCUCCCAUCUCAAUUCAACCUGCUCUCCUCCUCCCUGGGGCCCCCCUCAGACCAGACCUCACAGCUCUACAAUGCCUCAGUCUUCUCCAGCUCGCCUGCCUCCUCCAUGGACCGUGCCAUCCCCCGCCAGGACAGCGUCAUCAAGCACUACCAGCGCCCCUCCAGCGCCCAGCCCCAGCUGCCAGCUGCCCACUCCCUCCAGCACUACCUGAGCUGUGGGGGCAGCUACCAGCAGAUGCCCCAUCGCUCCAGCCUCUCCUGCAGCCCCUUGGGUGACCAGUCGCCUGCCAGCUCCGAGAGCUCCCAGCAGCAGCAGCAACAGCAGCAGAAGACCCCUCAGGCCCAGCGCCAGGAGCCUUCACAGACCUAUCGGCCCAUCAUCCAGUCGCCUGGGUACUCGAGUGCAGCUGGUGGCUCCUCCUCCAAGUCCAAGAGCUACUCAGCCUCUCGCCAGACCCCGCGUUCCACCGCCACGCCCAAGUGCCAAAGCAGCUACACCUCAUCCACCCCCAAGCCCAGCUCCGUCAUCGCCAGCCAGUCCCAGGCUUAUUCCCCAGGUCAACCCCAAAGCCUGCUGUCCAUGACCCAGCCCCAAAGCUACUCAGUCAGCCAGCCCCAGAAUCUCUCCUCGGCUUCGCAGGCCUCCCAGGGCUUCAGCACCAGCCAAGCACAAGACCUGACGAGUGUCAGCAAGGCACAGAGCUACCCCACAGGACAGGCGCAGCCUGGCGGGCAGGGCGGGCAAGGUGGGCAGGGGCUGCAGACAUGUGGGAGCCAGAGCCAGACGUACUCCCCUGAGCAGCUGCAGGGGCUGUCCUCAGUGGGCUACAGCGUGCAGACAGAGCCCCAUGUCUCGGUCAGCCAGACACCCAGCUACGUGCCAGCCCACUCGCAGGGCAUACCCACCGCCAGUCCCUCACUCAGCUACAGCACCGGGCACUCCCCAGCAAUGCCAGGCCAUGCCCAGCCCAUUGGCUACAGCCAUGGGCAGACCCUGCCUGAGUCCAGCCCAUCCCAGAUCAUCCGCCCACUCCAGUCACCCACGGCCAAUCGGCCCCAGAGUGUGGCCUCACCCGGACAGUCCCAGAAGUACUUGAGCUCAGUGCUGUCACCUUCCUUCAUGCAGCCAGGUCAUGGGCAGAGCUAUGGCAGUUCCCAGGCCACCCUAGAGCGAGCACCCUCCUACAGCAAGGCCAAGGCGGAUUCAGACCUGCUGUCUACCGAGCGCACAGAGGAUGAGGACUUCCUCAUCCAGCACCUGCUGCAGAGCCAGAGCCCGCCCCGGGUGCCAGCUGAGGGUCUGGUGCAGUGUGAGGAGAGGGGUGCCAAGGGCUUGGGCUAUGGGGGGCUGAGCAAGUCAGAGGAGCGGUAUCACCUCCAGAGUGUCAUCCGCACCAACUCCAACCUAGACAACCAGGGCCUGGAGCUGUCUCUGCAGGGCCUGAAGGACAAGAAGAAAGGGGAGCGGGCCAAGGAGUAUCCUCAUGCCCGCUCCACCCCGGAGUCCCUGGCUACCUCGGUAGUUCACUACAGCCACCAGGCUGGCUCCAUAGACUCCUAUGCCCAGGACAUCAAGAAGUCAGUGGAGCACCUCCAAGGUGGCCACCUGGACACGGGGGGUAAAGACAUGGCUCAGGCCCAUUCCUAUAUGCAGAAGACCCCUGAGCAUGCCCCCCAGUCCCACCGCAUGGUGGCCGAGCCCCCACCCAUGGAGCCCCAUGGGCUGCUGCCUGGGCAGCAGGGGGCACCGCUGAUGAUGGACUCGCCACCAGACCUGCCCCAGCUGUCCCUGCCCCAUCCACCGCCCCCCCAGCAGGCACCACAGCAGCCGCAGCAAACCCAGCUGUUGCAGUCAGUGCUGACACACACCCAGAGCCAGCUGCACCCCCGCAGCAAGGUGCGGACACCACUGGAUGUCCACCUGCUGGAGUCACAGCGCAUGCACCCACCUGAGGCCCCCUCACCCCAACUGCAGCUCCAGGCACUGGAGGCCCACCUCCACCAGGCCCACGUCCGGUCGCAAGGCCUGGAGCCCCAGCAGUCACCCCAGCUCCAGGCCCAGCUGCCACCGGAAGGCAUGGAGGUGAUGCCUCAGGGCGAUGCCAUGAGGGGCCUCUCCCAGCCCCAGGAGAUCCAAGACUUUUUGGAACCCGAGCUGAGCUUGGAGUCCCAUCUGGGCCAAGGGGCUGGGGUCCAACCCCAGUCGCACCUGCUCCCCGAUGCCGGCCUGGACCCCGACACCUCCCAACAGGUGCCACAACCCCAAAUGGAGGGCAAGGACCAGUUUGAGAGUGGCAGCCCCCAGGGCUCCAAGCAGCGCUUCGUGCCUCUCACGUCCAUCUGCUUCCCUGAUUCCUUGCUGCAAGACGAAGACCGCAGCUUCUUCCCUGGCAUGGAGGACAUGUUUGGCCCCACAGCCUGCGGCCCUGAUGAGUUCCCCAAGUCUGGCUGCCCCGAGGAAGAGCCCCCCAAUAUGGAGCGGCCUGAAGGCUUGAAAGCCCCCAGCUACGACAUGAUGCCAGCCGGGCAGGGCUACCAGAGCUACUGCCCACCGGAGGGGGGAGACAGCCAGCACUUGGGGCUGGAGUCAGUGGCAGUGAAACAUGAGCUGCCAUCCACCGUGAACACGGAGCAGCUGGGGCUCAUCCAGGGUGGGCACGGGGGUGCCCCUGACGGUGGCACCAAGCAGCCAGGCCUUACCUCGCCCAUCUUCUGUUCCUCCAAGCCUAAGAAGCUGCUCAAGACCUCAUCUUUCCACCUACUGAAGAAGCGGGAGCCGCCCUUCCAGCCACCCAAGAAGACCUAUGCCCAGGAGUAUGAGUUUGAGGAUGAUGAGGACAAGGAGGACGUGCCUGCCGACAUCCGCCUCAACAACCGCCGCCUCCCCGACCUCCUGCCUGACCUCAUCUCCAGCUGCCGGGCUCGGCCCAGCCUCAGCCCCAUGGGCGACAUCGACUUCUGCCCCCACAACAGCGCUGCCGAGGGCCCCAAGAAACGGGGGCGCAAACCCACCAAGCCCAAGCGGGAGGGGCCGCCCCGCCCCCGCGGCCGCCCCCGCAUCCGCCCCCUGGCCGAGCCCCACGGCGUCCUGCCCCCCGAUGGGGCCAAAAAGCCCCGGGGGAGGGGCCGGGGCCGGGGCAAGAAGGGAGGCGAGGAGGGGGGCGAAGGGAUGGGCAUGGAGCCCCUCAAGCCACUCAAGAUCAAGCUGGCAGUGCCCAAGAGUGGGGAGGGGGCCCCGGUGGAGGCGGCGGCGCCCCCCACCCUGGCGCCAGCCGAGAGCGGGCUGGACAGCAGCCAGACACGGGAGAAGAUCAAGCAGAAGAUCAAGGAGGUGGAGGAGAAGCAGCCGGAGAUGAAGUCAGGCUUCAUGGCCUCUUUCCUGGACUUCCUCAAGUCUGGCAAGCGGCAGCAGCUGCCCACAGCAGCCACCAGCCCCUCCAAGACACCGCGUCCCCCCUCUGCCUCAUCCUCUGCAGCCGCCCAGCCCCCCUUUGGCGUGGCCCAGCCCCCCAUGCUGCCUGGUGGGCUGGACGGAUCCGAGAGCGAGGGGCUGGUCAUGAGCUGCACCAGUCCCUGCAAGCGCCUAGAUGAAGAGCUCAAGCGCAAUCUGGAGACCCUGCCAUCCUUCUCCUCUGAUGAGGAGGACUCGGUCAGCAAGAACCAAGACCUGCAGAAGAGCAUCUCCUCAGCCAUCUCUGCCCUCUACGACCCCACUGACCGCAAGGACACUGACGGGGCCGAUGCCCCCCCAGUGGAGGAAAAGCUGCCCAGCCCCGCCCCCUCGGAGACCUCCCAGCAAGAGCUCCCUCCAGCUCCCUCCCCUGUGUCCCCAAAGGAGCCUCCCCCGCUGCCACCCCCUGAGGAGCCCCCAGCCCAAGCCUCCCCUGAGCAAGAGGAGCCUGAGGACUCGCGGCCGCUGCACCUGGCCAAAAAGCAGGAGACAGCAGCCAUCUGCGGGGAGACGGAUGAGGAUGAGGCUGAGAGUGGGGGCGAGGGCAUCUUCCGUGAGCGGGACGAGUUCGUCAUCCGGGUUGAGGACAUCCAGGCCCUCAAGCUGGCACUGCAGACAGGCCGGGAGCCACCCCCCAUCUGGCGGGUGCAGAAAGCACUACUACAGAAGUUCACUCCCGAGAUCAAGGAUGGGCAGCGGCAGUUCUGUGCCACCAGCAAUUACCUGGGCUACUUCGGUGAUGCCAAAAACCGGUACCAGCGCCUCUAUGUCAAGUUCCUGGAAAACAUCAACAAGAAGGAUUAUGUUCGUGUCUGUUCCAAGAAGCCCUGGCAUCGGCCGCUGCAGGCUGUAAGGAGGCAGAGUCAGCCCAAGGCCUCAGGUCCCAAGGCCCCGGCACCGCCCAAGUCUGAGAAACCAGAGGCUCCAGAGCACGCAGAGAAGCUGGAGAAGCCGCCCAAGCCUGAGAAGACCCCAAAAGCUGAGAAGCUGGAGCGGGCACCCAAGCCCGAAAAGCUGGAGAAGGCCCCAAAGGUGGAGAAGCCAGAGCGGGUGCCCAAGCCGGAGAAACCCCCUAAGGCGGAGCGGGCUGAGAAGCCGCCUCGGCCAGACAAGCCAGCCAAGGCGGAGAAGGCUCCCAAGGCAGAGAAGCUGGAAGCACCAGCCCCCACCCCUCCCAAGGCUGCCCCGGGUGGCACCACCAAACCCAAACCCAAACCCGCCAAGGUGAAGGCUGAGCCACCCCCCAAGAAGAGGAAAAAAUGGCUCAAGGAGGCGGCGUCCUCCUCGGACUCAGACUCCAGUCCUGACCAGCAGAGCGAGGAGGAGCGGGUACCGACGGGCCGGGUCCUGAACACACGGGCCAUGAAGGAGAUGUACCGCAGCUAUGUGGAGAUGUUGGUCAGCACUGCCCUCGACCCAGACAUGAUCCAGGCCCUGGAGGACACCAAUGAUGAGCUCUACCUACCUCCCAUGAGGAAGAUUGAUGGGAUCUUGAAUGACCACAAGAAGAAGGUCCUGAAGCGGGUGACGCUGAGCCCCAUGCUGCAGGAGGCGCUACACACCUUCCCCCAGUUGCACGCAGAACCGGGUGAAUCUCUAGUGAAGUUACGCCCAGCCGGGGAGCCCUACAACCGCAAGACCCUCAACAAGCUGAAGAAGAAUGUGUCCAAGCCGCAGGAGUUCAAGGUGGAUGUGGAGAAGUCGUUCUUCUAUACACUGUACCAUUCCCUCCAUCACUACAAGUACCACACCUUCCUGCGCUGCAAAGACGAGACGACAGCCAUCGAGGGGCAGGAUGAGGACCUGGGCCAGGAGGAGGUGGUUCAGCAGUGCAUGCGGAACCAGCCCUGGCUGGAGAAACUCUUCGACUCCUUUAGCGACCUCCUCACGCAGGCUCAAACCAAGUGUGCGUGACCCCGACCAUGGCUCCCUGCGGGGGGGAGGGAGGGGGAGCAAGGGUGCCCCCAUCCACACAGGCACCCCCCCACCCACCCCCAGACCCCCUGGCACUGGGCUGAGUUGGGAGAGGGGCUCCGGACUGAGAGGUGGAGGGAAGCCCAUGUUUCUGGGCCUUGGUGUAAGUUGGGAACCCUGCCCCUGAGUUCCCCCUGCACCCCCCAACUCUGAUGGAGCCCUUAUGGGAGGGUAGAUAAUUUUGGGGGGAUCCCCUCCAGGAUCAACCCCCCCAUCCUAGCCUGGGAGGUGACUUCCUGCCUAGGGGGGCUCUGGGGUCAGUAGAUGCCCCCCCCCCACUCCCCUUCCCAUACGGAGAAAUCUUAUUUAUAUAUAUAUGUAUAAAUGUCUAUUUAGCAGCAGCUUUUCUCUGUAUGGGGCAGGGGGGCCCUCCCCAGCCUGGGGGGGGAUGUGUCAGAGAAGAGGGGUCUGGUGGGUUAGAAGAGGGGCGGGAGGGCACAGAGCCAGGACUCCUGGGUUCCACCCCCAGCUCUGGGAGGGGAGUGGGGUCUAGCGGGUUAAAGUGUCAGGGACCUGGGAGCCAGGACGCCUGGGUUCCCUCCUCAGCUUUGAAUGGGGAACAGGGUCUUGAGGGUUCGAGGGGGGCAGCAGGGACCCAGGACUCCUGGGUUCUACUCUGGGUUUGUCCCUGCAAUGGCCAGGCUGUCCCAGCCCCGCUCCCCAUGGUGGGGGGCUCUCUCUAAAGUAUUAGUACUCGGGGUACAAUGCCUCUGCAGUGGGAGCAGAGGCCAGUUGGGGCAGGAGGUCACCCCCUGCAUGGCCCAGCGGGUGCCUCCCAGGACUGACAAUGCCCCCCACUUGCCCCCUACCAAGCUAUUUAUUGCCAAGGGUGUCCCCUACCUUUAAAAUUGGUCUUGCCCCACUCUGCCUCCCCAUCUGUGUGUGUGUGCGCGCGGGGGGGGGGGGGACUGGGACAAGGGAGGGUCUCACCCCCUGGGCCAGGGGGGUGGAGCCCAUGAACUGCUUGUGCUUCCCCAGGGGAUUACUGACCCCCCCCCGCCCCCCCACGCGAACUUUAAAGAGGGUGUGGGGGUUGAUGCCCUGCCCCCAUCCACAUCAGCCCCACCCCCUCACGAAUAUUCUCCCCCACCUCACCCCUCUCCUCCCUUUCUCUCUGGCCGUGGAUUUUGGGGCGCGCGAGGGGAGGGGGUGGGGAGGGCUUAUUUUUUUGUUGUUGGUGUGUUUUUUUUACCGGCGGAUCUCGUUGUACAUAGUGUAUAGGGUCAAAGUGUAUGUAUCAUAUUGUAUUUGACUAACUGAACCAAUGCGGCGGCCCUCCCCCCACCCCCAGCCCCUUGCCAGCCCUCCCCACCCUUUUGGCCCUGCCCCCACCCUUAGCUGUGCAGUACCUGGGGUUGAACCGAAUUUUGAAUGAGGCCGUGGCCCCACCCACCCCCUCCUUUCAUCCCCCUUCCUUUCUUGUUUUUUUAUAAUUAUAAUAAUUAUUAUUAUUAUAUAUAUUGGGGGGGGAGGGCCUCGAGCCCCAGUCACUGCCUCUCCCAACAUCCCCAGAUGCACUCCCCCCAGUUGAACCCAAAAUGGAGACAUAAUCCAGUCUAUUUAAAGGAAAAGAUUGGCUCGGAGGCCUUCUGUGUGGAGAAGCAGAGCAGGGUUGGUUGGGAGGGGUCUGGUGCAGACAGGGUUAACCCUGCAGACCUGUUCCCUGCACAUAGGGUGGGGGCAGAGUCAAAGGUACUUUGGAGGGGGCUACCAAUAGGGUUGCAUUGGGGUCUCCUUUGGAGGUGCAUUGGGGUGCCCCAUAUCACACCUCCUCCCUCAGACCAAUCCUGGAGCUCACUGCCUAUUGUCUAAUAGAACCUGUGACCUCAUUUUCUGGGGGGGAGUCUCUGCUCCCCACAGACCCCCAAUAUUGCCCCCCCUCGAUCCCUGCAGCCUGGAGGAGGGGUUGCGGUGGGGAGGGGGGCCUUUGCCACACAGUCACUUCAUCUUUUGAGGGCUUCCCCCAUACAGCCAAACUAGCAGAGCCCCCAAAUCACUGUGGUGGGUGGGUGGGGGGGGGGUCUCACACCCUCUCUCCGACUACCUUGGUGGUGUGUGGGGUGUGCAGGACGCAGGAGCUGAUGGGAGCUAGCCUGGCAUAACCCCUCCCCCCCCAACAUCCUGGAAUCCCAUGCCACCUGCUGGUGGCAGUCAGGAUUUCCUAUCCCACUGGGGUCCCCCCAGCCCCAAAUCCACUGCCUCGGGGCUGCCCUGCUCCCACCCUGAGCUCAUACAAAAGCACUAUAUUUUUUUUUUGUGGAGUGGGGGGCAAGGGAAAGACCUCCCCCACCGUCCCAACCGUGGUACCCUAAAGUGGGAGGGGAACCCAGACUGCCUCCUUCCACCCCUCCCAAUACAAAAUUUGCACCCCCCCAGUGGCCUCAACCCUUCGUUCUAACUUCCUCAGAAGCUCCCCUCCCCCCCCCCCAACCCUCCCAGCCCCUUUUUUUACAAUGUGUAUUCUGUGUCUGUGACUUGCAGCCGACUCUCGGGUUCGUGAUCUGUAUGGAUGUUACGAUAUAUUUUUAUCGUUUA